UCCACUUCCAACAUGGCAGCGGCCGUGUUUGAAACAUGUCAUGUUGCUUGUUGUGCAAAUAGGACACCAAAUGUUGUUUCCUGGAGCCGAACAGGGAUCAUUGCUUUUGGAACAUGUCAUUCGGUGGCUCUCUACGACCCGCAGGAGAGGGAAGUUGUCGCUUUGCUGAAUGGACAUACAGGCAGAGUGAAUGCAGUUCAGUGGGUCCACAGAAAGGACUACGCUCCAGAGUGUUUCCUUGUGUCAGGAGGCUCGGACAACAGGCUCAUCCUGUGGGAAGGCCAAAAUGGGAAGUUCAGCCAGGCAGUGGAGUGUAAGGGCCACACGGGUCCGAUUUGUGCCGUGGAUGCUAUUUACACGAAGGACUCAGAGAUCCUGGUGGCUUCCUCUGCAUCAGACUCGACAGUUAGACUGUGGCUCUGCAGUGAAACCAGUGAAGCCGAGUGCCUCCAUAGCUUAUCGUUUGGCAGCGGUUUCAUGAUGGAUGUCUCUCUGGUGCUGUUGCCAGGCAGCAGAGUUCCCGUCCUGGCCUGCGGAGGUGACGACUCCCGGGUUCAUCUGUAUGUCCGGGCCAAUGGGGAGUUGAAGAAAGCUAUGACACUGCAAGGUCAUGAAGACUGGGUUCGUGGGGUCGCGUGGGCGUCAACAGGUGUGGAGCUGUUAUUAGCCAGCUGUUCACAGGACUCUCUCAUCAGAGUGUGGAAGCUGUGUGCCAAGUCUCGCUCAGACACCGGCGCAGGGGACGACCACACCGUCAUCAGAAUGAAAGAGGACAUUUUUGAAGUGGAGGAGAAAGAAGUGUCCUUCAUGUACGCUGUGACCCUGGAGACGGUGCUGGCAGGACAUGAGAACUGGGUUUAUGGAGUCCAUUGGCAGCCUCCCCUCCUCAAAGGCGGCGAGCUGCAACAGCCGCUCCGACUGCUCUCUGCCUCCAUGGACAAAACCAUGAUCAUCUGGGCUCCCGAGGAGGGAUCUGGAGUGUGGGUAGAGCAGGUGCGCGUCGGGGAGGUUGGCGGCAACACUCUGGGCUUCUACGGCUGCCAGAUGAGUCCGGACGGCUCCAUGAUCCUGGCUCACGCGUUCCAUGGAGCUCUGCAUCUUUGGUGUAAGGACCGAGACAAAGAGGAGGAAUGGAGACCCGGCGUUGUGAUAUCCGGUCACUUUAAUGCGGUCCAGGAUUUGAGUUGGGAUCCCGAGGGCGAGUUCAUCCUCAGUGUGGGUUCAGACCAGACCACCAGACUGUUUACGCCGUGGAGGAAGCGGGGCAGCAAACAGGCGACCUGGCACGAAAUCUCCCGGCCGCAGAUCCACGGAUACGACAUGCAGUGUCUCGCCAUGGUGGGAAGGUUCCAGUUUGUGUCUGGGGCCGACGAGAAGGUGCUGAGAGUGUUUCAGGCGCCUCGUAAUUUCGUGGAAAACUUCGCCAACAUCUCUGGAACCUCAAAAGAGAAACUGCUGGCAUCCAGUGACUGUGCCAGCCUUCCAGAAGGAGCCAGCACUCCCGCCCUGGGCCUUUCCAACAAGGCCGUAUUUCAAGGAGACCUUGCCCCAAAAACUGAUGAAGGAGAGGAACGGUUCAACAGUGCAUCUGACCAGUACCAGGAGUCUUACUUCCAUCCUCUCAACCUGACUGAGCCACCACCAGAGGACCAUCUCCUCCAAAAUACUCUUUGGCCCGAGGUCCAGAAGCUUUACGGCCACGGUUUCGAGAUGUUCUGUCUCGCGUCUGACAGCAGCAGGACGGUGGUGGCGUCCGCCUGCAAGGCUUCCAAAGCGGAGCACGCCGCAGUGCUGCUGUGGAGCACAGCCUCGUGGCGCCAGCUGCAGAUGCUGCCCUGUCACACCCUCACCGUUACCCAGAUGGCCUUCUCUCCCGAUUCUCUGCUCCUAUUGGCUGUUUCCAGAGACCGCACCUGGUCCUUGUGGAGACGGAAUCAGGCCACACCUGAAAGUCCAGAGCCGCAGUUCUCACUGUGCGCGCACACGGGGAAGGACACGGCCGUGCACAGUCGGAUCAUCUGGUCGUGUGGCUGGAGCCCCGACAGCAGAUACUUCGUCACAUCCAGUCGCGACAAGAAGGUGAUCGUAUGGGGCCCGUACAGACCAGACUCCUCUGAAGACUCUGCGACUCCCCUUCAGAUUAAACCCUGUUCUUCAAUCCUGGAUGUAGGAGACUCUGCCACCGCUGUGGCUUUCUGCCCGUCACUCUGUGCCGAUAACAGCUACCUGCUUGCCGUUGGGCUGGAGCGCGGCGGCAUCCGGCUGUACAGGUGGAGGCCCGGCCAGGAGCCUGCUGGAGGAGACGACUGGAGCAGCUGUGGAGAAACGACUGCCUCACAGAGCCACACUCUGGCGGUGAAGAGACUCCGCUGGAGGCCCACGGCCGGCCGCGCAGGUCGGGAGAACAAGGAGGACGGACAGACUGACGGAGAGUGUGAGGUCGAGGAUGAGGAGAGCUCCUGGGUCCAGCUCGCCAGCGCCGGCGCCGACCACUCUGUCAAAAUCUUCAACAUCAACAAACGGGCUCUUUAGCACCACCAACACUGACACUAUUAUGUCUCUCGCAUGCGGCGAGACGCUCUGGACUGAAGGCCACGGGCCUGGCUGGGGCACCAAGGCCACAGCUGCUCGCUGGCAAGCCGCUCAGCCCGUGUGACAGCCAGUUAAGUCGCGGGUCAGUCACAGGACCAGGCCGAGCGCGCACACACACACACACACACACACACUCUCACACACCCUGCAGUCUGUCUGCACGCCGCUGAGCGGAUUUGAUGGGUGGUAGCAGGAUGGUAAAAACACCAUGACCCCAGGGUGGUAUUUUGCCUCGACACUUCAAAGUGUUUUAGGUUCAGAGAAGAGGGCUGUGCACGAUAACUAGAGAGACUGCAUAUUCACACAGGUUUCCAAGCAAGGAUUUAGAAGGUUCAAAAAAAGAAAUAAGAGGAACUGUCUUGUGUUUCUGGUUGCCCUGUUCAAAGCCUGUAUGAUAUGUGGCCACUUUAUUAAAGGUUUUUUUCUAUGAACAGUU